CCCAACCAUAUUUCUCCUCCUUCAACACCACUUUUUGGAAGUUCUUUGACAUUAAUUUCUUUCUUUUUCCCGUUUAAAGAGUCCACAGUUUUAUUACAUUUGUACGAACUCUUUUUUGCCUUUCUUGAACGCUCUACCAACACAGAUCUUCUUGCGUUUACUAUAGAUUCUGAAAAGAAGCAUCAUAUAAGGUUAUCGACCAAAAUCACCGGAUCACUAAGCCUAUUUUUUCUUGAUUGAUAGAAGCUAUAAGUUACUAAUUGUUGUUGGUAUUACCAUACGAUUCGAAAUAGAACACUCCCUUUAGAUGAGCUAUAGAGAUAUAAAUUAACUUGCUAAAGCUCAGACAGUUGUAAUCACGAUACUUGCUUCGUUUAGGGAAUCUGUUUUUAUUGAAUAUCAAGUCGAAGUCGUCAAUACUACUUGCCAAGAGGAUUUGCUUGCCUUCUAAUCCAGAGUUUGAGUUGCUUCCUUCUGGUCGCAUCAUCCUUUCCUAAUUUUCACUUCUAUAUAUAUUUUUUUGUAUUUUGUUGCUUAUUUUUUUGCUUGUUCAUUCAAUUUCCUCCCCAUGGAUUUCUCACGCCAAACUCGUAUUAUCCUGCUUUUGACUAUCGACAUCACCUUCUUCUUUAUUGAAAUUAUUACAGGAUAUGCGAUUGACUCACUAGCUCUGAUCGCUGACUCCUUCCAUAUGCUAAAUGACAUUGUCAGCUUGUUAAUAGCAUUAUGGGCCACUAGACUUGCUCAUUCUACUGAUUAUGAAUCCAAAUAUACCUAUGGCUGGCAGAGAGCUGAAAUUCUCGGUGCUUUAGCCAAUGGUGUUUUUUUAAUUGCCCUUUGCAUGUUUAUUUUUAUGGAGGCUAUCCAGCGCUUUAUUGAACCUCCUUCCGUUACGAAUCCUACAUUAAUGCUUUUCGUCGGGUCUAUGGGCCUUUUAAGUAAUAUUGUUGGAAUGUUCCUAUUCCACGACCACAGCCAUGCCCAUGGUCAUGGCCACGAUCACCAUCAGACAUCUAAUGCACGUAACUACGAAUUCCCCGAAGAAGUUGAUGAUAUUGAGUCAGUCUUACCUUCCACCAUUGUCAACCGUUGUCAUUUCCAAGGACUUCCCCAUGACCAUCCUGCCGCUGACAUUGCUGCCACCGAAAAUUCUCCCUUGCUUAGCUAUAUUGGUUCUCCCACUGGUUCCAAUGUUUCUCGAAAGUCUCCUAGCAACCACGGAGCCAUUCAAGAUUCUUCUCUUCAAAAAGAUGAACACAAGCCUAAGCGUAACCUCAAUAUGCAUGGCGUUUUUCUUCAUGUAUUGGGAGAUGCCCUUGGUAAUGUUGGUGUGAUCAGUGCAGCCUUAGUAAUUGGAUAUACAGACUACUCUUGGCGCUACUUCUUUGACCCUUGCGUAAGUGUUUUGCUCACCUUCAUUAUUCUCCUUAGCGCCAUUCCCCUUUGCAAGUCUGCCGCCUUGAUUUUAUUGCAGGUCGCUCCUCAAAGCAUUCGCAUCGAAGAUGUUUCGCACCUUAUCAGUCAGCUGAAUGGUGUUGAAUCCGUUCACGAACUUCACAUUUGGCAAUUAUCUGACGUAAAGUUAAUUGCUACUGUUCACGUUUGCGUUACUCUUCCUGAUGACCGAGGCGAGUCUUAUAUGAAAUUGACAAAGGACAUCAAUAACGUCCUUCAAUCGUUUGGCAUUCACGAAUGUACCAUUCAACCUGAGUUUGCCAAUCAUCCUCCCCUUUGUCCUACUGCCGUCUAAGACUUUUGUUCCCUUUCCUACGAACACCUUGUCAAUUUGAACGAAAGAGCAUGCAGAGAAUUGUUUACCUCCCUUCGCUUCCUAUUUACGAUCUAAUGUCUUAAUAAUAUGGUAAGCCUGAAAUACAUAAAAUAUGUUUUAUUUAGACCGUUACCCUUUGCGCUUUCGUCAAGCUAGUUAAUUGAUACAUUUACUGGCUAUACAUUUAUGUUUAUCGGUUUGCACAAAAUUUACUCAUUAGUUUUUGCUGUUUAGUAAUGUCAAAAUUGUUCAUAUUAUUAGAAUGCGGCUUUGUAUAUACACAUAUAACAUUUCGA